UUACCUUUUACUAUUUUAUUAUAACCACAAUGAUUAUAACAAAAAAUAAUUACACAAACUAAAAAUAAAAUGCAACAAUUGAUUUAUGUAUAAUUUAUGUGCGCAAAUAAGCCUUUUAGAGUCAAAAAUUUUCAUUUGUAUUAACUAUAGCUAUUGCGGUUAAUGUAAUAAACAGUACCUAAUGAUUUUUUAUUUAUGAAAACUUCGCUUAUAAAAAUGAGGUGUUGUGUACGAAAUUGUGGAAAUGAUACAAAAAAAACAACAAAGUGCCAUGGAAUCACGUUUCACAUGUUUCCAAAAGAAACAAAUCUCAGGAAUUCCUGGAUUGAAGCAUUGGGUAUUACAGAGUGGGAACCAAGAGAUAGGAGCACAGUAUGUUCAGAACAUUUCCGACAAGAUGCCUUCUAUGAGACCAGACGAGGGUUGAGAAGGAUUAAAAGUGGUUCUGUACCUAUCCCCAUACUUGAAUCGGAUGAUUUGGACGCACCAGCUGCUUUAAGGGUGUGUCGAGUAUGUCUGUCAAUGAACGUGAAAAUGUAUCAUAUCACUGAAAAAAACCUUGGUGUUAUGUAUGAACAAAUUGUUGGUAUGUCUAUACCGUCAAGUGAUAGGCUACCACAAAAGCUAUGUUGGGAGUGUGUGGCCAGACUGACUUCGGCAAGCAAUUUUCAAAAUAAGGCAUUGAGAUGUCAAAAUAUACUGGAUAAAUUAAAUGUUGAUAGAUAUGUUACAAUAAGAGAUAUAAAAUCCAUAAGUCGGGCUCACAACCAACUGAAAUCAAGUUUAGGACAAAAAGUAUACGAAACCAACGAAUAUGACGUCGUUUAUAACGAGAACGACAACGAAGUCGUUAAAGUGGAGGAGGUUAACGAGUUUAAUGGAGUUAACGAAUUUAACGAGAGUAACGAUAACGCGAAUAACGUUACCGGUGAUUUCGAUAACGACAACGAUAACGAAAGUAACAGUGAUUACAAAUGCGAGGUAGAAAUAAAAGAUGAACAAACCAACAAUCAAAUAUAUUUCGAAGAGUAUCCCGUUUUUGAUGAAAGUGAUAAUAUAAGUUUGAGCGAAAUGUAUAAGAAAAGUAAAGUUAAGAAGAAAAAAGAGAGAGUUAAGAAGGUUAGAGAAGGAACGCCAAAGAUCAAGAUUAAAAGGAAAAAGGAAGACAGUGAUAACCCUUCAAGUACUAUGGAUAAAUACAAAAAAUCCGAUGUCAAACGACGGAAAACCACCGACACUCUGGACGAAUCCCUAUUCACCAUCACAACACUUACCUAUGAAGAACAGAUAGAAGAGAUACAGACCCGGCAAAAUGCGACGUCUUACAAAAUUGCGCCUUUUAAAUGCAACGCGUGUUACCGCGGCUUCCACGUCAGAGACCGAUACGAUGCGCACAUUAUACGACACAGCGAUCAAAGCGGCGCCUACGAAUGCUUCAUAUGCAAGACUCGACUGAAAACUGGUCGCGCUCUAAGAAAGCACCUCACCGCGCAGCAUACGGAGAAGUUUAGCUGUAAAGGGUGUCCCUUUAGCACUAGGAACAGAGGUGUAGCGAGAGAGCACGAAAAAUGGCACGCUGGCACGAAAUAUCAGUGUCCGCAUUGUCCCAGCGAAUUUGACAAGCUAACAACAUAUAUGGGUCACAUCAGAAUCAAACAUGUAUCAGAUUUCGUGUGUGAGCUGUGUGGAUAUACGUUCGUGAGCAAGAAAGGGAUAGAUGUACAUAAGAAGAAGAAACACCGACUUGCCGACAAAAACGUAAGUUUAGAUGGGCCGUACUGCGAGGUGUGCGAAGUAAAGUUCGUAUCGGAAGAAGCCCAUUCCAGGCAUCUGAAGCUAUCCUCUAGGCACAGUAGUGAUAACGAUCCUAAUCGCAUACGAAACGACUCGCAAAGUAUGAACACGGAGAAAAAUGGACGAGUUAUGAGAAAAAUAGAGAGACGGCCCACCAUACAUCCUCGAACCGGCAUCGUUGGGAACGAAGGGUCUCCUGUAACUUGCGAACAGUGCGGGCUUCAACUGAGGGAUCUCCGUUUGUAUGCGCAGCACUUCCGGCGCGCGCACCCGGACAAGAAUCGAACCAAGUACCCCGCCAUGAAGACACCUUGUAUGUGUGAGCAGUGCGGACGGAUAUUCCAGAGCAUGGCCCUCCUCAAAGACCACAUGUGGGUGCACACGGGCGAGAAGCGGUUCAAGUGCGACCGCUGCGACAAAAGCUUCACGCAGAAGACCAACCUCGUCUUCCACCUGCGAGUCCACAGCGCCACCAGGCCCACUUAUGAAUGCCCACUGUGUGGGAAGCACUUCGCCUUCUUCAACAACAGGAGACGACACAUGUUUAUCCACACGGGCCUGAAGCCGUUCAAAUGUGACACUUGCGGCAAAUGCUUCACGACCUCGGGCGAGCAGCGCGCGCACGUCGAACACGUGCACCUCAAGAAGCCGUGGCCCAAACGCGCGCGCGCCAAGCACUGCGAGGAGGACGCCUGGCAGAAGUGUGGCCUCAGACACGUGGAGGACUGAGAUACUUUGGGUGAAAACACCGUGGAAUUCAAUUGCUAAAGCUAAAAAGUCACAAUAAUAUAUUUAUCAUAACUAGUUAUUAGUAUUAUAUUUUAAUGGACGAUGACCGGCGCAUUGUAAAGGCAUGCCUUCACAAGAAACUGCCGCGAUCAAAAGCUUCCUAUAGACCUGGUUUUUAUAAACAAAUUAAUACUUCGUUGUUCAUUAAAAACAGCCGAUUUUUGUACUUAUAUUGAAGAAUAUAAAAAAAAAAACUAUUUUUCUUAACAUAAAACUUACGGAUCAACUCAUCAGUGUAAAUUAACUAGGA